AUGGCCGUUGCGUCAUGCUCCUGGCCGAUAUGGCGCGUUGACGAUUUCACCACGAUCCACCGCAUCCGCAAAUUAAAACGGAGGCAACAACAGUCCGGCCUCGGCUACCAGGGUGUGCGCCAGAGACUCGACAGCCAGUCGUCCGCCGUAGGCCGCACUGAGCUUCCCGCUCCUAGCCCUCUCGAAAGCGACGACGAGAGCAACGGUGCUUCUGCGAACCGUAGCAGUACGGCGGUGGCCGACGACGAUGACGACAACAAUGGCAACGAGGACGCCGAUGACGGCCUCGUGAUCGGUGGCGGUCCCAUUCACUUGGCCCGCACCACCACCAAGGGCUCCAUUGUCCAGGCCGACCGGCCGACCGGCCAGACUCUUUUGGUUGUCGUCGAGGAGCUGGCCAUUGCCGGCCUCAUUGCCGUGAACGUCAUUGCCCUCGCCAAGGGCGCCUUUUCCGGACACGAAACCAACGACAACGAUGUUCUUAUUUCCAAGGGCCGCACGGCCGCCGUUGUUGGCCUUCUUACCUGGGUCUAUGCCGCCCUCUUUGUCAACCUGCGCCUGAUCGCUGGCGUCUCCGGCAAGUCACGGUGGCAGAUUCCUCACCUGUGGAACCAUACCGUCAUGAUCUACUCGGCACAGUGGCUUUUCUCGCUCGCCAUCUUCCGCUCCGUCAUCAUCCACGCAACCUCGCCCCUUGCCAAGGUCCUCGUGAUUGUCGAGUUCUCCCUGACGUCGCUGCUCUUCGCCGUGACCAUCACCACCCGCAAGGGCAACAAGACGGCUCUCCUGGAGUGGGAGGAUGGUCUGCCGCCUUCGCGCGAGGGCCUUGCCUCGAUUCUCUCCGACUUCACCUUCACCUGGGUCGACAGCAUCAUGUGGGAGGGUUACAAGGAGCCUCUGGAGAUGGAGCGCAUUUGGAAUCUGAAUGCCAAGGACAAGGCUGGUGCCGUUCUGGCGCGCUACCGGAAGGUAAAGAAGACCCUGUCGCUGAGCAUCCACUUGCUGCUGUACUUCAAGCGCCCGCUGCUUGUCCAGACCGGCUGGGCCAUCAUGUCUGGUUUCUUUACCUUUGCCCCGACCAUGCUGCUCAAGGCCAUCCUGGAGUUUGUCGAGCACCCCGAUCAGGCCCCUCUCAACGUUUUGUGGCUCUACGUCAUCCUCCUGCCCGUCUCCGAUCUGAUCCGCUCGUUCGGCGACAACCAGGCCCUCUGGAUUGGUCGCAAGAUCUGCAUCAACAUUCGCGCCGUUCUUGUGGGCGAGAUCUACGCCAAGGCUCUCCGCCGCAAGGCCGCCGCGGGCAACGACACCGUGCUCGGUGGCAAGUCGGACAAGACGAACGAGCCCAGCGCAAAGGAGACCGGCUGGAUGGCCUCGAUCAAGCGCAAGCUUGGUCUCAAGAAGGCCGACCAGGGCGGCGCUACCGGUGGUGUUGCGAACGGCACGGCUGCGACUGCCGACAGCUCUGAUGCCGCGGCCGCCACUGGCGACGAUGCGAAGAAAGACGACGACAAGUCGGAUGAGCAGGCCAACAUUGGUACCAUCAUCAACCUCAUGUCUGUUGACAGCUUCAAGGUGUCCGAGGUCACAGCCUACCUGCAUUUCUUGGUUGCUGCUGCUCCUACCCAGCUCCUUGUCUCCGUUGUCCUGCUGUACCGUGUCAUGGGCCUGAGUGCCAUCCCUGGCUUCAUCGUCAUGGCGCUGCUCCUGCCUGUCAACAUUGGCUUCGCCAAGGCUUUCAACACCACCCAAAAGAAGAUUAUGGCCGCUACCGACAAGCGCAUCCACGCCACCAACGAGAUUCUCCAGAACAUCCGCAUCGUCAAGUACUUCGCCUGGGAGCUCCGCUUCGGCAACAUUGUCGACGAGAAGCGCCGCGCCGAGCUUCAGGCCCUGCGUCAGCGUUACAUUAUCUGGGCAUGCGCAGUCGCUGUCUGGAACACGGUCCCCAUCCUGAUUACAUUCUGCUGCUUCCUGAUCUACACCAUGGUCGAGAACAAGCCCUUGUACCCGUCUGUCGCCUUCACUGCCAUCUCCCUGUUCAUGCUGCUGCGGUACCCGCUCGACCAGCUCGGCGACAUGAUUGCCCACGUUCAGGAGGCCCAGGUCUCCAUUGACCGUAUCGAGGAGUUUCUGACGGAGGAGGAGACCGAGAAGUUCGACCAGCUCGGCCUGGACAACAUCGACGAAGCCACCGGCGAACGCGUCAUUGGUUUCCGCAACAACGCCAGCUUCAUAUGGGGUGGCAAGAACGUGGUUGCCGAGGACGGCUCCAUGGCCUUCCGCCUUCUCGACCUGGAUGUGGACUUCAAUAUUGGCAAGCUCAACGUCAUCACUGGCCCCACCGGUUCCGGCAAGACCUCGCUGCUCAUGGCUCUGCUCGGCGAAAUGACUCUCAUAAACGGCAAGGUGUACUUCCCUGGCGGCCGCAGUCGUGAGGAUGUCCGCCCCGACCCGGAGACCAAUCUGGCGGAGACGUGCGCCUACGUCGCCCAGCAGGCUUGGCUCGUCAACGCUUCCAUCAAGGAGAACAUUCUCUUCUCGUCGCCGUUUGACGAGCAGCGGUACCGCGAUGUCAUCGUGGCCUGCGCCCUGGAGCGGGAUCUGCACGAGACGCUGGACAACGGUGACGAGACCCUGGUCGGAGAGAAGGGCAUUACCCUGUCCGGUGGCCAGAAGCAGCGUAUCUCUCUUGCCCGUGCACUGUACUCCAACUCCCGUCACCUGCUCCUGGACGACUGCCUGAGCGCCGUCGACUCGCACACGGCACAAUGGAUUUUCAACAACUGCAUUCGCGGCCCGCUCAUGCGCAACCGCACUUGCAUUCUGGUCACGCACAACAUCUCGCUCUGUGUCCCCUUCUCGGACUUUGUUGUUGUCAUGAACAAUGGCCGCAUCACCAGCCAGGGCCCGUCCCAGGAGGUCAUUGCCUCUGGCGUGCUCGGUGAGGAGGUCCAGCUCAAGUCUGCAACAAGCACUGCCGACAUCUCGCGUAUCCCGUCUCGCGUGCCCUCGAGCAUCGGCAAACAGACUGAUAACGGUGACGGCGCCACACUCAUUGACAACGGUGGUGCUGCGGAUCCGUCUCUGCCCAGUGAUGGGAACGGUGCCGCCGGUCCCGCUGCUGCCGGUGCCGCUGGUACGAAGAAGAACAAAGUAAACAAAAAGCAGGAUGCUCUCGAGGAGACCAAGGCUACAGGCGCCGUCAAGUGGCCGGUUAUUAAGCUGUACCUUGGUGCCAUGGGCCCGUGGUGGUUCUGGGUUGUUGCUGCCUGCGUCUUCUCUUCCCAGCAGUUCUCUCUCGUCGCCUCAAACCUGUGGAUCAAGGAGUGGUCGAACCAAUACGCUGAGAAGUCCAUCGAAAUGGCAUCCAUGGCUUCGUCGCACCUCAACGCGACGCUUGGCUCGUUCGUCUCGGGCCCCGCCGGCCAGACGUCGCUGUUCACCCGCUCCCUCUCGCACGUCUUCUCGCCAAACACCGUGAGCCACAUCACGUCGGUCGGGUCGCUGUGGGUCCCCAAGAACUCGACCGUCUUCCAGGCUGACUCUGCCCUCGAGGCCCUCAUAGCACCCGAGGUCAACGCGCACUACUACAUUACCGUCCUGGCUGCCAUUGGUCUUGUCGGUGCUGUCUUUGCCUUCAUCCGCGAUCUCUGGAUCUUCUUCGGUUCCCUGACUGCGUCCUGGAAACUGCACAACCGCCUGAUGCAUUCGGUGUCUUUUGCCCGCUUCAAGUUCUUCGACGUGACCCCGCUCGGCCAGAUGAUGAAUCGCUUCAGCAAGGAUCUCGAGGCUGUCGACCAGGAGGUGGCCCCUGUGGCCAUUAGCGUCAUGUCGUGUGCCCUGGCCAUCUGCAUUACCAUAGUCCUGAUUGCGUCCAUAACUCCCGGCUUCCUGGUUGCCGGUAUUUUCAUCACGGCACUCUACAUCGUUCUGGGCAAGUUCUACCUGAGCGCGUCGCGCGACCUGAAGCGUCUUGAGUCGGUCCAGCGCAGUCCUCUGUUCCAGCAGUUUGGCGAGACGCUCUCGGGCGUCACGACCAUCCGUGCGUAUGGCGACGAGCGCCGCUUUGUCCGUGACAACCUGUCGCGUAUCAACGCGCAGAUCCGACCGUUUAUCUACCUGUGGGCAGCUAACCGCUGGCUGGCAUUCCGCACGGAUCUCUUGGGCGAUCUCGUUGCUUUCUUCGCCGGCGUGUUUGUCAUUCUGAGCCUUGGCACCAUUAAUGCCGGUUCGGCAGGUAUCUCUCUCAGCUACGCCAUUGGCUUUGCCGAGAACAUGCUGUGGCUUGUGCGUCUGUAUGCCAUGAACGAGCAGAACAUGAACUCAGUGGAGCGGAUUAAGGAGUACCUCGACGUCGAGCAGGAGGCGGCGGCCGUGAUUGAAGACAGCCGUCCGCCCGCCAACUGGCCGAGCCAGGGCUCCGUGGAGUUCAUUGACUACACCACCCGGUACCGCGCCGAGCUGGACCCCGUGCUGCGCAACCUGACCUUCCGCAUCGCUCCGCACGAGAAGGUUGGCAUUGUCGGCCGCACUGGUGCCGGUAAGAGUUCGCUUGCGCUGGCCCUGUUCCGCGCCCUUGAGGCCGAGACGGGCAAGGUCUUGAUUGAUGGCAUAGACAUUGGCAUGAUUGGCCUACGCGACCUGCGCGAGUCGAUCACCAUUGUGCCCCAGGAGCCGACGCUGUUCAUGGGCACCAUCCGCACCAACCUGGACCCCUUCAAGACGUUCUCGGACGAGCAGAUUUUUGCUGCUCUCCGCCGCGUGCAGCUGAUUGGUCCCAACGAGUCGAUUCCGUCGAGUGCCCGCGCCACGACGCCGACGCCGACGCCGAACACGGCCACGGAGACGGUGGCUGCCACCUCUUCGACGGAGGAGCCGGCGACGCCCUCGUCGCCGAUUGCGACCAACAAGAACAUCUUCCUGGACCUGUCGUCGCCCGUGACCGAGUCUGGCUCGAACCUGUCGCAAGGCCAGCGCCAGCUGCUGUGUCUUGCGCGGGCGCUGCUCAAGAACUCGGCGAUCCUGCUGAUGGACGAGGCGACCGCGUCGAUCGACUACGCGACGGACUCCAAGAUCCAGGAGACGCUCCGCGAGCUGACGUCGACGAUUGUGACGAUUGCGCACCGUCUGCAGACGAUUGCCGACUACGACAAGGUGCUGGUGCUGGAUCGUGGCUCGCUCGUCGAGUACGGCCACCCAUGGGAGCUGAUGAAGAACAAGGACGGCGUGUUCCGGUCCAUGUGCGACAUGAGCGGUGACUACGAGACGCUGGCCAAGGUGGCCAAGAAGGCGUACCAGGCCAAGAACCUCAUUGACGUGGACGGCGACGAGGAGCAGCAGUAG